AUGGCCUCUCACAUCAGAAAUCAUAGAGUUGACCGCAAAUGCGAAGAGAGCCGAAACGAUGUGGAGAGGGCUUCGACAAAUGAUCAACGUCUACAAAGCCGUGAUACGCAAGCGAUGGAGGAAACGCAAGGCGAUUCUAUUGAAGGCUUAUCCGGAAAUCCCAACACCAUGCGCCAGAACUUGACCCGCUUCCAUAUCGACAUUUACGCCAUGCACAUUGGAUUGAAUACGUUUCAAAUUCCAGAGGAAAAGGUUCUUGAUGGCGUGCUGCCAUGGGAAUGUGCUGUGCUGUUCAAGAAUCCAGAUUUAGGGGAGCACGUAGAGUUGGUCGAGAACCAGUCAGGGUUGAAGGGGAAAGUAUCAACCGAAGCACUUGUAUCUGAUUAUCACCCUUACUAUACUUGUGGAUUAAUUCUUCAUGACAUUCCGAUUUUCGAGGAAAAGCAUCAUUUCCGAAUCCUUCCCAAGCCGGAGCCGAUUUCUGCAACCCCUUCGCAACGGCUUAAUCCAAUAUUCGCAGCAACGGAGACUCCUUAUAAGCCACCGGGUCGGUUGGACUUCGAAAUGAUUGAAGCCCUUCUCGAUGCAAGGAAAGCUGCUGCGGAGGAUCAUAUAUGGUCUUUGAGAGAAGAUCCAAUUCAUUACGCAAGACUGUUGAAUGUCAUCUUAAAUGCAUACGAGGCGUUAUCUUUUUGGAAUAGUUUACAAGAAGACUUUCGAAACUUGAAGAAGCUGGAAGAGAAGGAUCGAAUCUCCAACGCAGUAUCAGCAAUACUGUCAGAUCUUGAAAUUGUGGCUCAAAUAACUCGGGAGCUGUACCUCUAUCAACCUUGGGCAUCGAAAGUGGAUCAGCAACUGAAAGACGACCAUGGUGUCACGAGAGCCAUCACAGAUUCUAAAGGGAAGCUCAUCGACGAGAUCAUAGUUACGCUUGAAGGCGUGCCAGCAAAUGAGAUCUCGAAGCUUAGAAAGCUUAUUAAUACACCCAGUCUCUUCAAGCAUACUCGGCGGAGAGAGAAAGCACUUGACAAUAUCUGGGGUCACAUCAAUCAGUUUCAUCUAAAUGCCUGCGGACAGGCUACUCUGGUUGAUAUCCUUCACGAUCUCUUACAGCUGGUUCGAACAACAAGAUGGACCGAGCCGCCUCCUGAAGUAAAGCGGUCCGGCAAACAGCACACACUGAUCGACAAGGAUGUAUUUAGUGCUUUCGAACAUGUGCAAAUCGAUGACGCAAAGGGUGUCCAGUCCCUCAAUGCAAUGUCUUCAAUGGGCAAGACCAAAAUUAGGAGGGAGCAAUUGCCGCCAGAAUCUUCAACUAUAGCGGAAGAAAAACCGGAGGCAAGAGAGAUUGAAGCGUCCCGAGAAGUGAUCGAGAGAACGAUCCACCUGGAGAUAUUGCUUGGCAAGGCUUCCUACAAGCAAUGGCCGCAGGAGGACUGA